AACAGUGAUUGCGAUUACGAUUGCAAUUAUUGGCUCCCAAACAAAAUGACGGGGCGGGCGUAGUGCUCGGCGUCUUGUUUUCGUUCUGUGGAUCUCGUCUGCCGACAUGUAGGCCACUGCUUUACCUUUUGGAUUUUUAGCCCCUACACUCCUCAGAUGUUGGUUAGAAAUAGAACGCACUAGAUUCUCCAUGACAAAAAUCUUCUGUUUCUGUGCAUUCUCAACCUGAUGAUUGUGAAACGGAUUCAUCUCUCCUCUGGGCACUAUGCCGGAAUUAUUGUUCGGGAUGGAGUGUGAGUCAGUGAAGUCUGUGUUGAGUGAUCAUAGCUUAAGGUCACAACGAUCACGACCUCACUCAUACAAGAAUAAUCAUCGGAACCAUUCAAAUCGGUCUGGAAGGAACCACAAAAACAUUGAUGACAAUAUGGCACCAUUUCAAACAGCAGUUACUCUGUCAGAUGAUAUGAGAGAUGGCCAAGAAGUUAUUGAAGUCCAAAUCCUUCCUCAGGAUGACAAUUGGGGAGAAAAUACUACUGCAGUCACUGGUAACACUUCUGAGCAGUCUGGUUCACAUGAGGAUCUAAGUCAGUGGAUGGGAGAACCAGACACAGGGUUGAAGUUUGCAUGCCAUAGGUAUCUGGGUCCAAUACUGACAGGGAUAUUGUCAGUCAUUGCAUUUUUUAGUCCUUUAGCAAUGGUAAUUUUACCCAAACUAGGCUUCUUUCCAGCUGUGGCAUCAACUUUGACCCUUCAUCAAAGGCUGCAGUUGUUGGCUUGUGGUUCAGAGUGCAAAGGACUUCUAGUUUCCAUGGCCUUUAAACUAGUUCUACUUGCAGCAGGAGCUUGGGGUGUCUUUCUCAGACGACCAAGAGCCACAAUGCCUCGUAUUUUCCUUUUCCGAGCAGCAAUUUUGGGUCUAGUUUUGGUUUGCACCUUUGCAUAUUGGCUCUUUUAUGUAGUACAAGUAACUGAAGGUGCUAGAGCAUCAGCCACGGGAGAGGGAGAGGCUUUAGAGUAUAGAGCUCUUGUUGCAUAUGCUUCAAGUCUUACAGAUACGUUACUCUUCAUCUUAUUUGUUGCUGUUGUUCUUAUUGAGAUACGUCAUUCUCAACCCAUGUACUACAUAAAGGUGGUACGAAGUCCAGAUGGUGAGAGUCGAUCUUAUACGAUAGGUCAGUUGAGUAUCCAGCGUGCUGCUGUGUGGGUACUAGAGCAUUAUUACACAGAGUUUCCCAUCUACAACCCUUAUCUGGAAAGAUUGCCUGUGUCAAAGUCGCGCAAAGCAUCCUCCAGCUUCAAAUUUUAUGACUUGGAUGGUCUGAACGGAGGCACUCUUCAGCACUCAAACUCACGCGCCAUGCUUGCUGCUCAUGCCAGACGAAGAGAUUCCAGUCAUAAUGAGAGAUUUUAUGAGGAACAUGAAUAUGAAAGAAGGGUCAAGAAGAGACGUGCUCGACUAAUAACAGCUGCAGAGGAGGCUUUUACUCACAUUAAGAGACUGCACAAUGAUGCUGGCCCAGGUCUACCCAUGGAUCCUACAGAAGCUGCCCAGGCAGUGUUCCCUUCAUUGGCUAGGGCAUUGCAGAAAUACUUGAGGCUGACUCGGCAACAGCCCCAGUAUAGCAUAGAUUCCAUUCUCACUCACCUGGCAGAAUGCUUGAGCCAUGACUUAACACCAAAAGCUUUUCUUGAACCAUUUUUUGUUCAAGCUCCUGUCCUACAGAAUGAAAAGGAACAGAAAAGUGUGCAAAGUUGGUCACUGGUCUGUGAAGAGCUUUUGUCUCGACCAUUGAGGCAUGGUUUGACCUUCCAACUACGACAGUCAGAUGUAUCUCUACUAUGCACCAUCAAGCAGCUCCCACACUUUAACUUAACAGAGGAAGUGGUAGACCCCAAGUCAAACAAGUUUGUUCUUCGCUUAAACUCUGAGACCUCAGUUUAAGAUCUUUAAACAUGAUGGAAACCUAAACAAGAAUGAAUUUCUAUGUUUGUUUGUAUUUUAUUUUGAUUCUUUGUGUGGUGGUACUGAUAUUACAAAAUAAUUCAUAGCUUCCAGUGAAGUCAGGCAAUCCUCAUGUUCGGUUUGCCUUAAAUCACAUGCAUAUUUUAUACUCAAAAAUAUUCUGUACUUAAUUAGCAGUACUGUUAAUAAGAUAUGGCAUAGUUGAUCUAAGACUACUAGUUUGUUAUUAUAAUAUGUUGUCCUUUUAUAUCAAAGAGAUAUAAGGGGUGCAAAUUUAGUAUUUUCCUUAAGUUUGAUUCUUAACUGAAAUUUAUUUUUUCUUUGCAACUAUGUGUGUUUUAGCUGAGCUGUUACUAUGUAUUCUUAAUACAUCUGGUGCAAUGUUUGAUGCAUUGCUACCCCAACAUUGACAUUAACUGUGUGAGACGUAACAGUUCUGUCCUAUCUAUCUAAAGAAAAUAAUUUCCAAAUUAUCCACUUUUUUAAACAAUUCAGUAUUUUAAAUGUUGUCUCAAACUUAGUUAUAUUCUUUUUCGUUAAUUUUGUAUGAUAUUAUUUAUUUUAUUUAUCAGUGUUUAUGUGGAUUACGUAGCUUUUUUUCUUUAUAAAUGACUGAUUUGUGGGCUUCUCUCUUUUUAUAUGAAUUUUAAGUUAGUGCCAAUCAUUUUGACAUAUCUUAUAUUGCACAAAUAUUCUAUUGUUACAUUACUACAAGGACCAUAUACCAUAUUAUUACACGUUCCAGAACUGUCAAAAUUGUAAUAUCUGUAUUUGUUCUUUCUAACUUAGCAGACAAUGGCAAGAAUCCCUUUUUGAGGAUUCUAAUGAUGGCCAGAUUGUGCCUUCACAUCAUUUCUACCUAGGAAAAGUAGGUCUUUUAAGUUUACGUAUUUUCUACCACACACAUCAAAUUUCGUGCUUCCAUGAAAAGCAUUCUUGUGCUUUUAGGAGAUACUUCACAAUAUUUUCAUGAACCAAAUGCUGUCCUUUGACUUAUAAUCACAUAUCAAUUUUAGUUUAUUUUGUAUUGUGACUAGUUCUGAUGAUGAAUCUUCAGUCAGGGUGGCCUACUUUGGGAGGUGUUUUGUUUUGACAUGUCCCUGUAGCUUAUAGAUACAGAUGUCACCUGUGGGAACCUAACACUGGGGUGGACUAAACAACAGUCUGUACUGCACUGUUACUGUACCUAAAUUAUUUUUUAUUUCAAUUCUUUCUCUCGUAUGGUUUACCUUAAAUCUCAAGGUUUCAGUUUUACUCGUUCUUUACCACUAACCUUCAACUCAUGUGGUAGGAAGAAUGACUAUUGUUCUUGGUGUGGUGCAACGUCGUAAUGAGGGAAAAUUGUUCUUUUCUGUAUAUGUGAGCCCCUAAAUUGAAGAGUGCAAUAUAGUUAAGAUAUUACAGAUGUCUGAUCCAAGUGUUAAAAUAUUUCAUGGGCACAUUUGGUAAGACAAAUGUAAAUUGAGGCUAUGAAACCUGCUCUUCUGCUUUUUCUUCUAUUUCUAGACUGGGACAUUUUGUGUACCACUGAAACUGUAUGUGUUCAUUCUGUCUAAUGUUAUUAUUACUUUGCAUUUCUUAUACCCAUGUACCUUUCUUCUCUCUGCUUUUACGUCACUAUGGUUGCAUAUUUUACAACUUUGGUGAAGUGCCAGGGACUUUGCUAAUUCUGUCCAAAAUGUACAAAAUAAUUAUGUGAUUUUUUUUUCUUUUGUUUAUUUAUUUAUGUAUUGUGUGUGUUCCAAUUUGGCUUGUUGUUAGGCCAGCAAUGCUAUUUUAACUCUUGCUUUAGAUCAAGCCAGUUGUUUUGAAAACUGUUAAAAUUAUUUAGAAAGUUAAACUUAUUCAAAGCACUUUCAUUUAGUUGACACCGGUGAUGUGUGGACUUUUCAGUGUGCAAUCUAUUAAAAUGAAAUACCUUAACUUGAAGUAUUACAUUUUAAAAUUAUCUUAUUCUUAUUUUACUUGGCAUAUUCAUUUGUGAUCUUAAUUUUAAGCUAUCUAGUUUAUAAUUUUUAACAAUUAAAAUUUUGAGUAUUGGCCAACUGUUGCAAAAGAAAUGGGCAGUUGGCUGUCUCUGUGGUAGUGCACCAUAUCAUUUUAUUCGUUGCAUGCUUGCCUGCAUGUAGGUUAAGUGUAUAGCUAGUUUAAGACAGAUUGAGUUGACUUGGAAAGAAGUCAUUACUUACUCAUUCCUUAUUGGAGUCACCUUGUUUCUUGCCCAGUGAACGUCAACUGAUUGAUUGCCUUUGAUUUGAAUUGUCGUUUUUCUAAAUCCGUACUUAAAGAUAUUUAAUGAUUGUAAAUAUAAAUCAAUUUGUUGUGUACCCAAAACAUUUAGAAAGAGUGCAAUUAUUGAAACUGAUCUGCAAUAAUCCAUACUGUUAAUAUUUCCAAACACUAAAUGUAAUUCUUCUAUGACAUGCACCAAUUUUGGUGCAGCAGAAUUGAAUACAGAAUAAAUUGAGACUAUUUUGUUUCCAGAUGCUUUACAACUGCAAACUUUUGGGACUAUAAAUUGCCUUUUCCAUUACAAUACACCAUUUGGUGAAGGAAAUAUGUUUUAUUUAAAACAGCACUCAUGUUAGUUAAAACUUUUAUAACUUAAAUACCAUUUUUACUUGAUUCUAAGCCGCAUCCGUUUUUCAUCGCCUUUUUUCCCGAUUUUGACACCCGAAAGUUGUGGUGUAACUUGAAAUGCUUGGAAUCGAGAACCCGCAUCUAGUGAGGGUCUUAUGGGAGUCAUUUUUGUGACUACUCUGUAAAAUUUGGGGUGCUGCUUAAAAUCGCGUGCGGCAUCGAAUAAUAAAUAAGAUAACUCUUGACCGUAUGCACAAGCUCAGAUAAGGUUCACUAACCGAAACCCUUACCUCCUCUGUGUAUCGUGCCAGUAUGUAAACCUUUGUUCAUUCACAUUAUAUGAAUGAAGUACAAUCUAAUUCAGAAGACUGCAGUUUCUCAUUCAUUUGCUUAAUUCAAAAUUGUGAUACCUGAUUGCUUUUUGUUUUGUUGGGUCUUGUAGCCAUUUUGAAAUAAUAAGAGCUGUAAUCAGAUAACAUGUAGAAUUGAAAAUAAAUUGCAGUUUUAACCAAGAACCUUUCA